AUGCAACUGAGUAAUCUAUCACCGUCAAAGCAUACGCCAAGAUCGUAUUCGAGGAUCGAGGAGAAAUGCCGAGAAAUGGAGAAACGUGUCAUGGAUGUGCUCAAAGAAAGUCUUUUUGCAGCUGAGAGAAGAAGCUUCAAAGAGGCGCUGGAUAAGGCAAAAGAAGCUGGCAGAAGAGAACGAGCUGUGGUAAAGUACAGAGAGCAGCAAGGCGUCGUUGAAUCUAUGAACAUUGAUCUCACUUUCACAGUACUCUUCAACCUUGCACAGCAGGUACUUCAAAACUAAUU